CCACAGGCAUGUGCCCCAUUCAUUAGAAUGGGACGCGCUGCCCCUUGCGCCCUGCGCGCUCCCACGCAGCUCUAUGCACUACCCGCGUAUAGUGCGCCUGCGUAUGACGUGGGCGCACUGUACAACAAAAUGUAUCUUUUGUUCAUAAAUACAAAAGGAAGCUGCUAGGAAUAUAUGAUUUUACCAGCAUCAGUAGCAAAGAAGAAAAUCUUGAUGACAAUGGAUUACAAGCAGCUACAGUUGUUUGUCUAUGUUUGUGUGUGUUUGGGAGAAGCAUUAUAGUGAAGGGAAACAGAGUAUUCAGAGUAGAAGAAGCAGGCUGAGAUGCCUGUAUUAAGAUUCAGAAUUGAUGCUCAAAAAGAACCCAACUUCCUUUUAAAUAAACGUUUGUGGCCCUGCAGAUGUCCUUGGACUGUUAUUCCAUCAUCCCUGACCAAUGCCAUUAUUACCAACUCUCAACUAGCAGUGGCUCUUCAUGGUUUCAUGCAAUAUUUCCUGGUGGUCUCCCAUCAAAGUACUAACCAAGCCUGAUCCUGCUUACCUUCCAAGAUCAAACGAGAUCAUCUCAUGGUAUUGAACUUAAAUUGUAUGUCAUGGAUGACACUGCUUUGUCACUUGGAGCAAUAGAUGUUUCUUAUUCGACAUCUUCAUCAGAGUGCACUGUCUCAAGAUGCAAACACUCCAGUGAAGAAUGGGGAGAAUGCAAUUCUAGACCUACCGUCUUCCGAUCAGCAACUUUAAAAUGGAAAGAGACUUUACUGGGCAGAAAUAGGCCAUUUGUGGGACGCUGUUGCUAUGCAUGCACUCCACAAAGCUGGGACAAACUGUUUAAUCCUAAUAUCCCUUCUUUGGGCCUUCGUAAUGUCAUCUAUAUUAACGAAACACACACACGGCACAGGGGUUGGCUUGCCAGGAGACUUUGUUACAUCCUUUUCGUGCGAGAACGAGAUGUUCAUAAGGGUAUGUUUGCAAAUAAUGUGACUGAAAACGUUCUGAACAGUAGCAGAGUGCAGAAUGCUAUUAUAGAGGAGGCUUCAGAAAUGUCUGCUAUGGGUGGCACUGAUCAGUUGGACCAUAGAAAUGUCAGCAAAAUCAAGAAGAAAGCUAGAAGGAUUCUUCAAGAAAUGGUAGCAAAUGUCUCUCCUACUUUGAUCAGGUUAACUUCAUGGGUGUUACUGAAAUUAUUUAACAGCUUUUUUUGGAAUAUCCAGAUUCACAAAGGGCAACUGGAGAUGGUGAAAGCAGCAACUGAGCUGAAUUUGCCUCUUAUCUUCCUACCAGUUCACAAGUCUCAUAUUGAUUACCUGCUUCUCACAUUCAUUCUUUUCUGCCACAACAUCAAAGCACCCUACAUUGCUGCAGGGAAUAACUUGAGUAUUCCCAUUAUCAGCACGUUGAUCUGCAAACUUGGAGGAUUUUUUAUUCGGAGAAAGCUAGAUGAAAGGCCUGAUGGUCGUAAAGACAAUCUGUACAGAGCCUUACUGUACGUGCAUGUCCAAGAAUUGCUUAGACAGCAGCAAUUCUUAGAGAUAUUCCUUGAGGGCACACGGUCCCGAAGUGGGAAGACAUCCUGUGCAAAAGCAGGCCUCUUGUCGGUGGUGGUGGAUGCUCUCUAUGUAAAUGCUACUCCUGACAUAUUAAUUAUCCCUGUGGGAAUAUCCUACGAUAGAAUAAUUGAAGGUCACUACAAUAGUGAACAGCUGGGAAAGCCCAAGAAAGAUGAAAGCCUUUGGAGUAUAGCCAGAGGAGUAUUUCGAAUGUUACGGAAGAAUUAUGGAUGUGUUAGAGUUGAUUUUGCACAACCAUUUUCUUUAAAAGAAUAUUUAGAUGGCCAAAGCCAGAAACCCAUGACUGUCCCUCUUUCUUUGGAGCAAACACUCUUACCAUCUAUACUACCUUCAAGGCCUAAUUUUGUAGUAAAAGAAGGUAUAGAAGUUGCACUACCUGAUUCCCGGGAUAUAUCCUAUGAACCAUUGAGAAGACAAUUGAUAGCUAACUUGGCACAGCAUAUAAUGUACACUGCUAACAAGUCAUGUGCUGUGAUGUCAACACACAUUGUUGCCUGUUUGCUGCUCUACCGACACAGGCAGGGAAUUGAUCUUUCCAAGCUGGUAGAAGAUUUUUUCUCCAUGAAAGAAGAAGUUUUGGCUCGGGACUAUGAUUUGGGAUUUUCAGGGAAUUCUGAAGAUGUCGUCAUGCAUGCCAUCCAUUUGUUGGGAAACUGCAUAACUAUUACAAACACCGGUCGGAAUAAUGAUUUCUUCAUCACUCCUAGCACAUCUGUUCCUACAGUCUUUGAACUCAAUUUCUAUAGCAAUGGAGUACUACAUGUCUUCUUCAAAGAAGCUGUAAUUGCUUGCAGUCUUCAUGCCUUACAGAGUAAAAGGCAUAGGAAUGGCAUCAAUGGAAUCCCAUCCAACAUGAUUAGUCAGGAACAACUAGUCCGCAAAGCUGCCAGCCUGUGUUAUUUACUUUCUAAUGAAGGCACCAUUUCUUUGCCCUGCCAGCUAUUAUGUCAGGUGUGCCAUGAGGCGAUUGAACAGUUUAUACAAUAUGGGAUUCUUUUGAUAGCAGAGCAGGAUGAACAGGAAGAUAUCAAUCCUAACCUUACAGAGACACACUGGGAGAAGAAACUCCCAGUGCCAUUGUCUUGGAGGAGUGAUGAGGAAGAUGAAGACAGUGACUUUGGUGAAGAACAGCGAGAUUGCUACUUGAAGAUCAGCCAGUCACAAGAACACCAGCAAUACAUCACCUUCCUGCAGAAGCUACUGGGACCUUUACUGGAAGCAUACAGUGCUGCAGCCAUUUUCAUCCAUAAUUUCAGUGGCCCUGUCAGGGAAUCCGAGUACCUUCAAAAAUUACACAAAUACUUAAUAACGAGAACAGAAAAGAAUGUCGCUGUCUAUGCUGAAAGUGCCACCUAUUGCCUUGCAAAAAAUGCAGUGAAAGUCUUCAAGGACAUGGGUGUGUUUAAGGAGACAAAACAGAAGAGAGAGUGUAUUUUGGAACUGAGCAGCACUUUUCUACCUCAUGGCAAUAGACAAAAACUACUGGAAUUCAUCCUGAGUUUUGUUAUACUGUAGAACAGACCUGUCACCUUCUGCUACCAAGAACUUGGGAGAUUUGGAGAAUGUGACACAGGUUCAGGGCUUUUUGCUGCUUCCAUAGUGUUUAUAGUGCCAUUUUGGUAAGGCCUUAUCUGACCCAACCACUGGAAGACAAGUGCCUUCUUAAAUAUGCAUGUCUGGAACUUCACGGCUCAGUAACCCAGUUAAACACUUACAACAUACUGGAUGCAAGAGAUAAAGCCAUGUUUGUGCAAAACAAAACAAUACUUAUUUUUCACAUGAAUCACAAGUUACAUAUUUGCACCGCAAAGUGUUAUGUUUAUUUCAAGACUAAUGACUGUGAGAAAUGCACAAAUGUCUUUACCAGCAAUCUCUGCAGUUCUGAAUAAGACAAAAUAAUUCAGAGUAAUAUGCAAACUUUAUAAAAGCCUUGUCAUCAAGACCAACAAAUUCUGUUCACUCUUGUGGAUUAAUGUGUUUAGGAGAAUUGAUUGUGGUGGAUGAAAGGGGCAUUUAAUAAUAUUUUUUCUAUUGAUUAUUGUGGGGACAUGCUAAAUAAGAGAAACAGAGCAACAGUCAGCAUCUCAUUAUGUGCCAGCUCCCAGUGAACCUCAUCCAUUGCACUGAAGUGGUGAAAUAAUAUAUUAAAAUCUAUUGGGUUUUCUCCCCAGUAGGAUUGGAAAACUAAUAAUUAGUUUAUUAAACAUCUGGAUCCUUAGCAUUUUGCAUCCAAAGCACUAAGAUACCUUCUGUGAUUUGCCUUUGAACCAUGAUAUUAGCAGUUUGCAAUUUUCCAGUACUUUGAAUAUAUCUUAAACACUAUAAAUUUUAAAGAUAAAUUUUAGAUAUUUCAAAAGUGAAUUAGUCCAUUCUAAUUUUUAUUUAUUUUGGAUGUUAUCACUAAAAUCAUACCAGUGAAAUGGCUUAGGCAAAUGUGCAACUCUGGCUUACCUGUUUAUUAUUAACGAUACAGUUCAAGAUUAAGGUUGGAAACCAUUCAUUUGAUAUUAAACUAAGACAAAAACCACAGAAUUUGUUUUUGAGAGAAGUUCUCACUGUAUUGAAUGAAGAAAAUAUGUCUGCUGUUGUAACAUUAACAGAACAAUCAUAGACUUGUUGUUUUCAGUUGGAAUCUGGGAAACUGGCCAUGAAAAUUUAUUUUAACUGUUAUUUGGAAGAAAAAUGCUGAAAGUGACAGUGUUGCACAUUUACUCCUGCACAGACCUUCUGUGCAGUUUGUGUGUUUAUUCCACAAUGGUGUGUGCAUUCUACAUUUGUUACAGUCUUAUCUUUUACAAAUAUAUUUGUGAAUUAAAGCAAUUAACAGAUUGCAAUAUUUUAUCAGUAUUUCCACAUCACUGCCUCUGAGAGGAGCUGCUGUGCAUGUUUUCCAUCACUAAAAUAGGUGCUUUAAAACAUUUUAAGAUGAAUUUCUGAACCAAAGUUACAUCAUAUCAGUAUGUAGCAGACUGUACAACCUGAAUUAAUUUUCUUGUUCUUUUAUUAUUUUCAACAAGAUAGCAGCUACAAUGAACUCCAUUUGUUCUAAUAAAGCCUACUAGCUACUUAGAGCAAUUACUUCUCAUCCUUGCUAAUGUGCACUAUUUGUUAAACUGAAUGUAUUAUCUGAAUAGCAAUUUCUAAAUAUUACUGAUGGCUUCUAUUUAAUGUCAGAUAAAUAGGUGCUUGUAAAUAAGUAAUUUCUCUUUGUUUUACCACACAUCAGUAGACAUUCAGUGUAUGCUUGAAUCAAGUUUGCCCCCCCUCAAAAAAAAGAAUCAAGCAAUAUAUUGCAGAUAGUGCUUGACUAAUUUUAAUGAAAAUGUUCUAAUUUAAAAAAAAAAAGAUGGUGUAGGAAUUACUUUGGAUGCUAGAAAGCUAGUUGUCACUAAUAAUGAUAACUUAUUACCUUAUUAAAAUAUUCUUGGUGUGUUGUAGUGUGCAUCUGAGUUGAUACAAUGUAAUGUAUUGUAAAUGCUGGAUGUAAGGGGAUGCUUUUCAGUGUUGACGUCAUAAAUGACAGAGUGACUUUGCAUGUGCUGAAAUGUCAAGCUGUGAAUGUUGUGCAGGGGUAGGGGUAGGGAUUUUUCUGCAACAUGGACAUGGCUAAACAGACAGUUGCAUGUGGGCUGGUAUGUCUUUUCUAUGAAAGCAAAGCACAGAGCUCUUUACUACAAGGCAACUAAACAGAAUUCUGCCUUUCUGUGCUUUAUUUUUAAGCCCCUAUAUUGUUGAUGUACAGUAAGAUAAGGUUUUAAUUGAAGAUUUCAUUUUCUAGUUUUUAAAUGCUAUGGCUCAUCAUAAGUCUUUAUUUAGAAUAUUACAAUUAAAUAUCUAAAGUUUAUUUACUUGUACUUACAAGAGUACAUCUCUACAAGUUAGUAUUAAGGACAACAUUCCACUUACAUCUCUGGAUUCUAUUUGAUGACUAAUGUGUAGAAUUUUUAUCCUCUUUCAGGGGAAUGAAUUAAAAGAGGAGUCUAUGAAUUGUUUCCUAAGGACAUGCACCUGUCCUUUCAUAGUGACAUCUUCAUUUCCCUACUUUACAUUUAAGUGUCACAUUACGUAUUUUUAACUGAUUGGCUUGCCUGUACAUUUUUUUAAAAGGUUAGCAUGAUAUUUGCAACAAUGAAGGGCUGACAUAAAAUUGCAAAAUUCUGUAGCUGUUCUAUAUUUGUACUUAUAAAAACAGGCACGGUCUUGAAAAAUGUUACUGUACUGCUUUCCCUAUUUUAACAUCUUAUGUAUCUCUUGUAAGAAGCACAGAAUCGGAUAGUAAUUUUAUUUUAAUAAACAACUCGGAAUUUC